GGUAAAUAAGAAAAUCGGUAAAAGCUAAGUAACUGUAUGGAGAAGUGUAAGGCAGAAUAAGCCAUGCGUAUACACUUAUCCGACAGCAUCACACACUUGUGUCAAACAUCACCUUAAGGGCUGUGAAACUAUAUCAAUCUACCAACAUGAGGCGCACUCAGCACUCGGUUAUACACUCCAUGGGGAAGUAUUCGGCGUUGUCGACCGGAAGUUCUCACCUGACCAACAAGAACUUCUUGGAUGACCGUGAUGGGGGUGAGCAGGGGUCCAAGUACUUGGCCGCCGAGACCUUGCAGGACAUCCUGAACGAAGUCCUUCGCAUGGAAAACUUCCAGUUGAAGCAGUCGGACACCAGCCUGGAUCAGCUCUGCCAGCCGGUGGUGACCACGGGGUUGAAGAGCAGGUCGGCCACGAACAUCGCCCUGGACGAGGAUCUGGACAUGGACCCGCGGCUGCGGAACUGGAACCGCGUACUGGAGCAGCGCCGGCGGCUGCAGGAGCGGAUCGAGCGGCAGACGGGCAAGCGGGCCGAGGACGUCCUCUUCAACCGCUCGACCACCAUCGACGAGGCCAGCAAGCGGAUGAUCCUGCGCGUCCUCGACACCGCCGACCGCUCGAGACCGCUCGUGCGGCUCAAGGAGAACGCCACGCUGGCAUCGCUGAAGCCGCGCUGCGACCCCGACCUCUGCCGCGAGACCCACGAGCUGUUCGCCGCCAAACCGCUCCUGCAGCCCGUGGAGUUCGUCGGCCUGCCGCAGGUCACCCAGGAGGAGCUGGCCGCCACCCAUAUGACCCCUGAGGCGACCGAGAGCCAGUGGCAGCGCUCCAAGGUCCUGGGCCAGCGCCUUGAGGCCAAGAGGCAGUCCAUCCAGCAGGUGCUCGAGUUCGCGCCCGAUCUGCAGAAGCUGCAGGUCACGCCGGCAGUCGAGGUCGUGGCCACUGAACUGCCACCUACCACCAAGGUCGACGAGUUCGAAUUGCGGCAUAUAUCCGGGGAUUCCACGGUGUCGGAGGAAGACGAGGAAGAGGAGGAGCCCGAGAAGCUGCUCUUUGAGGGGGAUGGAGAGGGUGAAGGUGAGGGUGAGUUGGAGUUGGAACCCGAAAAAGUUGACAUAGAGGAGGGCGUGGGCCAGGUGGAGACCCAAGAUUUGGACGAGACUCAGGACAGGAACGGACUGAUGGUCAACGGCAAGUUCCUCGAUUACGAAAAUCUAAGCGGCGCCACCGGCAGAGGCAUUAAUCUUCUGCUCACAUGUGAUCCGUACCAACGGUCGGUCAAGGUGCUACUGGACAUCCAGAACCUGAGCCCAAAGUUGGUGCACGUCGGUUGGUUAAGCAAGUACCGCCUGCGUUCCGACCGAUUGCCGAAAAACGCCGAGCUGGUAUUCGACAACAGCGAGUUCAUCCUGGAGCCACUGGGUCGCCGUGUCGUCCGGGUGAUGUUCCAGCCCCAAAAGGUGGGCCUGUUCACCCAACGCUGGUCCGUGGUACUCGCCCGCUCGCCGUUCUGCGGCACCCGGCGCCUGGACGUCGUCCUCCAGGGCCAGUGCACCAUGCCGGCUCCCUUCAAGCGGCGCCUGGAGGCUCAUCGGCAGUUGCCGGUGGACAAGCAGCAGCGGCUGCAGGCGAGCAACAUCCUCCAGAUGCAGGCCAGUCUGGCGCCAAUCAUCGAGAACCCUCCGCUCAGGUGUCCCUACCAACGAGUCCUGGACGAUCGUGAGGUCUUUAACGCCCAGAACUUCUCUUACCGCUGCGACCGGUACGAGGACCUCGAGACCCUCAAGGACAUAUACGCACAGGCCAAGAAGCCGCGCGAUCGGCCCUGGGACCUGAACAUCGAGACCCUGCGCCGCGUCAUCGGCCAGCAGGAGAGCCGCUUUCUGCGCGAGAGCCUCCACAACCGCCUGGUGGACCAGCUGCAGCCGAUGAAGUGCAACAGGUGCUCCGCCUAUCCCCUGCUGGAGCACAACCCGGAGCGGGAGCGUGCUCGCUUCAUCUACGUGCGCGGCACCAUCAGCAGCACCAUCGACGCUUGGGAGGUCAUGGCCCUCGGCCUGGACGACCAGUUCUUCAAGCUGGAGCUGCUGCGCUACCUGGCUGAGCGCACCUCCCUCCAGGAGCCCAAAGGACUGUCCCAAAAGGACCGUCGGCAGGAGCCGACUGAGCCGUCCAACGAAAUGGAGAUCGUGGAGCACGUCUCGAAGAGAGUCAGGACCAGCAAGUACCUCAAGGACUCCCUCUACAUGCACACCUACGACCUGCUCUGCGAUGCCGCCGAGGACAUUGUGUCCGUGAUCGAGAGCACCGCCGACUAGGAUUCAUCUGCAGAUGAGAUAAGACGAUUUGUGAAUUCCAAACCGUAUAAAUCGAAGCGAAUAGCAGUGAACCUAGGCACAAAUUGCGGUUAAUUUCAUUUUGCCCGUUCAUAUAUUUUUUAAUGCAGCAAUAUACAAAUGGAAUAAAAAUAUUUAUAAUGUAGAUCAA